AGCAGGGGAGGAUUGCCCAUUUCCUGGUUUCACUGCGAAGAAAGAGAUGAGAGAGAGCGAAAGAAAAGAGAAAUAGAGAAACGUGGCUCAAUUCCCCAUAAGUCUCACCCACAUUUCACACACAGACACAGACAGACACACUCGAGACCGUCAUAACGAUCGGCGCCCCUCUCUGCCGCGAAAAUCAACCGAACCCCUACCCCACGACGUCAUAUUCACACCGUUUAAGUCUCUCUCUACCGAAGAGCUUUCUCUUCUCCAACUUCCUCUGCAACCCUAGGCCCAAACGGAUGAAGUAGCAUUCCAGCUAUUUAGUGAGAAAAAUGGUCUGAAUCAGGAUAAACUAGUCAUCCAUUUUGUACUUUGUGCUUCCUCUUGCGGUAGACUUUCUAGUGAUCAUGGGGUCAGCUUGUUGUGUUGCUGCAAGGGAUAAAACCCUCGCCCAAGGAGCUGUAGGUGAAACUUUGCAUAGGAAUGUCAUCCAUUCACCAUCAUGGAGCUGCCGGUGGGAUAGUAGAGGGCGUGUGGCUGGCGAAAUUGAGAAUCCGUCCGAUCACGUGUCCCAUGCAAUCAGCAGGAAUUAUAGCAUGGAGUUAAAAGGGUCCUUAGAUUCUGAAAGAGGUAAUUUGUCUGAUGUGGGAAGCCUCAUGGACAAUUUUGGAACACCCACCUCUCUGAAGUCUCCAGUUCAUGAAGGAGUUGAUGUGAAUCUGAUGACUCCACAUUCAGAUCUGUCGAUGGCAAGCAAUUUUUCUACAGAGGUGAAGAACUUAGCAGAAUCACCAGAAAUUGUGGAGUCAUCUGCACCAAAUCUUUCGUUCGCCAUACCUUCAGCUCUCUCAACACCAUCCAUCGAUACUCUGCCUACCCAUGCAUAUCUGGUUCUUCCUAACUCAACACCAUCAAGGCGGGCCCGUCGUUCACCUGGACACCAGCUAUUGCGACAAGUCUCUGAUAGUCGAAUCUUGCGACUGAAAUCGCCAAAUAACAACUCAAUAUCUGAAGGAAGACCGUCUUUUGUACUCUCCACUGGAAGCAACGACUUAGCAACUGGAUCCCAAUGUGGAUCUUCUGAUGGCUGGUCAAUCCGCACCUUUUCUGAGCUUGUGGCGUCUUCACAAAGAGAAAGGUGGUCUUUUGAUAGUGAGCACUUCGGCUCUGGCCAUGGCAAGAUAAGUGGAUCCAGCAGCAGGUUCUCAUAUUCUCCCUCAGUAGAAUUGCAUUGUUGUGGAGCCUGCUCAAAGCUCCUAACAGAGAGAUCUUCAUGGAGUAGCCAGAAAUUGCUCAUCAGCAAUGAGGUCCCAGUGGCUUCCGUGCUGGUCUGUGGGCAUGCUUACCAUGCUGAAUGCCUGGAGACUAUGACAGUGGAGGCUGACCGGUACGACCCGCCUUGCCCGGUUUGUACGGUUGGAGAGAAGGAAGUCUCAAAAAUGUCAAGAAAAGCUCUAAGAAUAGAAGCAGAGUUAAAGGCAAAGAGCUAUAAGAUAUCGAAAAACCGGGUUGUGGAUAGUUACCUCGAUUGUGAUUUUGAUGUUUUUGAUCAGGAUAAAGAUGCUGAAAAUAAGGGAAAAGUUGCCAAGAUGGAACCCAGUUCUAGCACGAGGAGUUCGUUUGCGAGGCCUUUCUUGAGGCGGCACUUCUCUAUUGGUUCCAAGUGGAGUAGAUCCCUUUCAGAGAACGAUUCUGCCAGGAAGAAGGGUUUUUGGGCAAGAUAUCGCAAAGAUUGACCUGACCUCUCAAACUGGAAAGUGGUGAGUGAGAACCUCUCUCAUUAUAAGACGUUACGCUCACCAUUUAGGAUGUUUCUUACUUAAAUUGUAGCCUAGCCUCCCUAAUAAAUUUAGUUUAAAUA